ACCUUUUCGACAUAAAUACGAUAUUAAAAUACGAUAUUAAAAGCAUGCUUUAAAAGUUUCCCAAUUUAGAGGUGUGGAAACCGGAGAUAGGCUAGUACCCAACGUAGCGACUUUUAAGACUCUAGAGAGAGAGAGAGAGAGAGAGAGAUGCAAGGGCGUCGUUUGGUGGAGAUGGCGCGGAAGUGGCUGGGCGCUCUGUCAAAGGGCAUGAUAUGUCAUGAAGUGGAGGCCAUAGCCAUGGAGGGCCUCCAGGUCGUCCAGGCUCGCAAGGGUUUUAUUCUUUGUCAUUUUUUGGUUCCCAGACGCCUCUCAGAUCGAGAUGGAAAUUGGCACGUCGGAGCUAUGGCAACGUUAAUCGACAACGUUGGGGGCGCCGCCAUUUGGUCCUCUGUCGGGAAUGUCAAAUCGACCGUCAACCUCAAUAUUUCCUACUACUCCACGGCUAAGAUUCAAGAAGAAGUUGAGAUAGAGGCGAAAGUUGUGGCAGAAAAAGAAACAUUAGUGGCAGUGGUGGUGGAGAUAAGAAAGAGAAGUAACGGAGAACUAGUUGCUUUGGGUAAACAAUGGAUGGCCACAGGUAUGACUACGGUCAAUAUAACUGAAUUCAGCAAGCUCUGACCAGUUUACAAUGGAUCACCACCCCUGUUUAGUCCCUUGGCAGUCUCUUUCUGCCACAAGCCAUGAGCCUCAUUUUUUUUUUUUUAAUUUCCUGUACGAGAAUCACACGUAUUCCUUAGUAAGAGUGUGGAGUCUUGUGAUGAUAUAUAACGCGAUGGAGUUAGAUUUUUUACGUGGCUCUUUAUUA